AUUUAACUACGAAACUAUUUGUAUGACCUAGAUUGUGUUACAUUUACAUGAUAACGUUUAUAAACACGUCAUAUUAGCCGAUAGAUCUAGCUGUUACGGAUAUAUUUAUAAAAAUGCAUUUAAUACUAAAACAGAACGUUUCAGAAAAAUGAUAUAAACUGUUCAACAACAUAAUUAUAUCAUAAACUUAAAAUUGAUUUCAAAGCGAAAGAGGAAGUAAAUGAUUUAAAUGGCGACUGGUGGAAAUGAACUCGCCUCUGAUGAAAUUGGAGACUUUCAAUGUUUAACUUGCACUAAUAAGACCGCUGUGAAAUACUGCGUUGAGUGUCAAGGUAACUGUUGUCAAGUAUGUGUUGAUACACAUUCACGCUUUCCUACUUUGAAAGGACACACAUUGCUAGACAAAUCAAAUUGUCAGACGCCUGGAGUACCAGCAAAAUUACCAGAAGUGCCAACAGAACGAUGCAGAAUUCACACUAUCAAACUACUUGACAUGUACUGUAAGGACCAUGAUGAGGUUGGUUGCACAACCUGUAUGGCUCUUGAUCACAGAUCAUGCAUCAAUGUUCAUUCCAUUCCUGACGAUAUUGACAGUUUAUUCGAAGCAUCUGACAUAAAAGACAUCAGCCAGAAUUUACAACGCAGUAAAGAAGCGUUUCUGAACAUAACCCAGAAGAAAGACGCACUCUUAGAAGGCUUAAAUUCCUCAAAGACGGAAGCCAACACAGCGGUAGACGAUUCAAGAAAGGAAAUCGUCGCUAUUGUUGACAGUCUUGCAAACAAGUCGAAGGAAGAAAUUGAGAACUUAUAUCAAACCACCAAGACCCUUGUUGAAAAAGAGCGCAAAGAAGCAAGUCAUUACGUUGGUGAUCUCGAAAAAUUUGCAGAAGACAUACAAAGAUCUGAUGGAAAUAAAGCGCAACAAUUUGUCUGCAUGAAAAUUGCCAAUCGGAAAAUCAAAGAUGCAAAGACAGUCGAUCUGUCACUUGACUCUGAGACAGAAGCGAAAGUUACAUUUUCAAUGGAUUCGAAUUUACAGGUGUAUUUCCGAACAUUGAAGGAAUUCGGGAAAGUAACCAGUCUAGUGUCUAAAGCAGAAAGAACUGAAGUUUAUACAGUAGAAAAAUGCAAAACUAUCAAUGUAAAGUUACAAAAGGAUUCGUCUUCUUGCCAGAUAUUUGGCUCAUGUUUAAAUGAAGACGGGCCAGUGCUUCUGGUGGAUUACAACAACAAGAAAUUGAAACGCGCAAAUAUUACAAAUAUGGCAGUUGAUGGAUACUGUACUUUUGACAACUAUCCGUAUAGUGUCUGUUGUACAAGUCGGCAAGAGGCAGUCGUAACAUUCUACUCAUACACACAAUUUAUCCAGUUUGUCACCAUUGGUGAUCAGCUAACGCUCUCAAGAAAAGUUCAGACCAAUCAUCAUUGUUUAGGUAUUGCUUUUAAGGAAGAUAGACUGUAUAUCACUGAUAAUUCCAAUACCAUCUAUAUACACGAUAUGGCAGGUAACGAGUUACAAGCGAUAUCACAGGAUAGUUCUGGCAAUGGUCUGUUUAGUUGCACCAGACAUAUUGCUUUUAAAGACGUCACGCAGGGUGUAUUUGUUGCAGACUGGUACAAAGGAGUUAUAAUUCUCGAUAAACAAUUCCAACCAGUAGCAACAUUCAUUGAUUCAGGAUUGUCCAAUGCGUCAGGGGUAUCUACAGAUCGUAAUGGAAAUAUCUUUGUAUGCGGGUACAAUUCAGAUAACGUAUUACAGACAGGAUAUGAUGGCAAGAAGAGAGGUGUUGUAGUAGGGCAAUCAAAUGGAGUUCGACACCCUCAGUCCGUUCUCUUUGAUCCAGUAGGGUGUAAACUAGUUGUUACCCAAAAUAAUGAUUUUGUGAAUAUCUUUUACCUUAAGUAGUUGAAAAAUUUGAAAAGAUACAUUCAAUGGACAUAAUAUAUAUACGGCUAAUGUAGUGUUUCUGCCUGAUCUACUCCUGUGUAGUAUAAGGGGAAAUGUUUAUUCUAAAGAUUUCAAACAUGUUACCUGUAGAGGUUAUAGAUAAUUAGAUGUACGAUAUCUUAUUGCUUCUGUUUAUCAUAUAAUAAUUAAUUGUAUAUUUGUCAAACCUUCUUAACUGACAAUCCUGCAUCUUUAGCCGUUUGUUUGCUCCCAUCUGUUUAUAGUACGAGAGUCGCCAGAUGAAUUAUACAAAUUAAUUAUGCUUAAUCAGAAUAAUUCUGAGGAGGCUGCUCAAGUUGCUACAAUAUUUCAAUAAAUUAUUAGGAAUAUGUCAUCACACUCAUCCAAAGUUUGUGAGAGAAAAAAAAGCUGUAUUUGAUGUUUCUUAUUACACGUAUUCGAAAAUUAUAUAGAAUGAGGCUGACAAGUUUCAAUCUACUCCUUUUUCAUUAAUGACAUGUAAAUUCAGUAUGAUUUGUAAACAUGUAUAAUAAUGUAUCGUUGUUAUCAUUUUAGCCUACCCGCUAUACUGAUGCUUCAAUUUAUUAUGCCAUUACUAUAACAACUGCCUGAUAAAGGCUGACUGAGAAAAGCAGUCUUUCUCAGGUCAGUGACCUGAGAACACCUUAAAUUGUGUAAAGUCCAAGGACAUCAGAUUGUAAGAGACCGGCCUUCUUUAUUGUAAUGCACGGAUAAGUUAUCGUAUAUUCAGUAAUUCGUGCUCCUAUAAAACAAAAAUUAGAAGUUGUUAAUAAUGGCAUGUGAAAUAGAAUAAGAGGUUACUGUCUUUUGAGAAAGGGAUUUCUCAGACUCGGCUAGAUAUGGUCCGGAAGGAACUCGGGUAGCCUCUCUCAUUCCAGAACCAUAUCUAGCCUCAUCUGAGGAACUCUUUUUCAAUAGACAGUAACCUCUUAUUCUUUAUAUCUUAUUUAAAGUAAGAUACUUUUUAUGUCAUGAAAUAAAUGUGUAUUAAAAUAUAUAAAAAUACAGAAUUAAAAGUCCAUAAAAUGCAUGAAUGAAAUGUGGACAUAUUUCUUUUUGUAAUGUUUCAUAAGCUACUUUAGAUAACUAACGGCAGAAUAGUUAAAUAAAGAUAUAAUGCACAACUAGGCAUUGUGUUGCUAUUUGAUAAAAAUCGUUUUAAAGACUUGUUAUUUUUUAUUCAAAUUGUGUAAUUUAAACAAGAGACGCAAAAGUAAACUCAUUUUGUGUAUUGAAUCUCAUAUUGUCUUAAAGAAUCGAAAAUUGCAUAGACCCAUGAGGUGGGAACAUUUCUUAAAACAUAUCCUAAAAUUGUAACAAAACAUGUUUUAUGAUCGCGACUUAUGUUUAGCUCGUUUUGAAAUACUUAAUAUAUUAGUUUGUUAGUUAGUGGAUGAGGGGUCCAGAC